CUGUCCCAAAUGAUUCUCAAUAAAAAGUGAAUCAUUUUUGAAAUUCUGAAAUAGUUACUUUUAUAUGGGUCACUGAGAGAAUGCCUCUGCAACUUGUGUCGUCUUUGAAACUUGCACAACAACAACUAGCCUAAGCAUCAUGACUCAGUGGCAGGAGGGUUUCCGCGUCCCAGCAUCGCUGCCAUUCCUGCGACUGGGCAGGCCACUUUCUUUAACGCAUGUGUCAAUGCUGAGGUAAUGAUAGGCAAACAGGAACUAGUUGUGCAGUGACUACAGGAGUGGAUAAACGAAACAAGUGGCAGGGAUCACAGGUCGAAUCUGUUGUGUUUUUAAUUCUCCCAGGACUCCUCAUGGACCCAACCAAUCUCCAGAAAGCUAUUGCCGUAGCACAGAAGGCCUCAGAGGAGGACCAAUCUGGGAAUUACGCAGAAGCCAUCAUCUCCUACCAACAUGCUGUCAAGUACUUUCUGCACAUUUUAAAACGUGAACCCCAGGGUAAAGAUGGCAACCAGAAGAUCAGAGAUAGAUGUAAACAGUACCUGGACAGAGUGGAAGAACUGCAGGAGUACCUAGUCAAUAAAGAGAAAGCCAUUGAUCUUGCCAGCAAGGCAGCUCAGGAGGAUAAAGCUCAGAACUAUGAUGAGGCUCUGCGUCUCUACCAGGCAGCUGUUCAGUACUUCCUACAUGUUGUGAAAUAUGAAGCCCAAGGUGAGAAAGCUAAACAGAGCAUCCGGGCGAAAUGUGCUGAAUAUUUGGACAGAGCAGAGAAGUUGAAGGAGUAUCUAAAGAAGAAAGAGAAAGCUCCUCCUGCUAAGCCUGUCAAAGAAUCACAGUCUGAUGACAAAGGGAAUGAAAGUGAUGAAGGUGAUGAUCCAGAGAAAAAGAAGUUCCAAAAUCAACUCUCAGGCGCAAUUGUUAUGGAGAAACCAAAUAUCAAAUGGAAUGAUGUUGCUGGUUUAGAAGGAGCCAAGGAGGCGCUGAAAGAAGCUGUUAUUCUUCCAAUCAAAUUUCCCCAUCUUUUCACAGGAAAGAGAACUCCAUGGAGGGGGAUCUUGCUCUUUGGACCUCCAGGUACAGGAAAGUCCUAUCUGGCUAAAGCUGUUGCCACAGAGGCCAACAAUUCCACAUUCUUCUCCAUCUCCUCGUCUGACCUCGUCUCCAAAUGGCUGGGCGAGAGUGAAAAGUUGGUGAAGAAUCUUUUCAGCCUCGCAAGGGAGCACAAGCCCUCGAUCAUCUUCAUCGAUGAGAUCGACUCCCUGUGUGGCUCAAGAAGUGAGAACGAGAGUGAAGCUGCUCGUCGUAUUAAGACAGAAUUCCUGGUUCAGAUGCAGGGUGUGGGGAAUGACAAUGAGGGAGUGCUGGUACUUGGAGCAACAAACAUCCCAUGGACACUAGACUCAGCUAUCAGAAGAAGAUUUGAGAAACGGAUCUACAUCCCGCUGCCUGAAGAGCACGCCCGUUCCUUCAUGUUCAAACUCCAUCUGGGAUCAACCCCAAACAGUCUCACUGAAUCUGACUUUGUCACUCUGGGCAAGAAGACAGAUGGCUACUCUGGAGCAGAUAUAAGUAUCAUUGUCAGAGAUGCUCUAAUGCAGCCGGUUCGAAAGGUCCAGUCAGCAACCCACUUCAAACGGGUACGGGGUCCAUCCAGAACUGACCCCAACGCUGUUGUAGAUGACCUCUUGACUCCUUGCUCCCCUGGUGAUCCCAACGCAGUUGAAAUGACAUGGAUGGAGGUCCCUGGGGAGAAGCUAUUGGAACCUGUAGUAUGCAUGUCUGAUAUGAUGAGGUCUCAGUCCAACACAAAGCCAACAGUCAAUGAACAAGAUCUUGACAAACUGAAAAAAUUCACAGAAGACUUUGGACAGGAAGGCUAGGCGGGAUAAAUGAGCCAAGUCAAACCAAAGCAAAGGAAUUGAUUGUGUCUCUUUACUGUCCUUGUCCCUUUUUCUUUAUUUCUCUGUCUCAUCCUAACCAUUCACCAGACCUGGUGAUUUAUUAUAAGUGGGUAAAAUUACUGCUCUGUUCUGCCAAUCUGAUAACUACACAAAGGGUGGAAGACCUAGUUUUAUUUGAUAUUCACUAUUGUCCAAAGAAGAUUAAAGACUUCCCAUCUACAGCUGAUAAAAGAAUCAAUGCCACAUAGGGAAUUUAGAGGGUUGUUUGAUUUAUGCACUAAAGACUAAAGGUAUUGAUGAGCAGAAAACCCAAGCAUCUUAGGGAAACUAGCAGAGAACCUACACAACAGUUGGUGCAAAUGAGGUCAUUGGAAUCAACAUUAUUUAUUUUAAGUUCUAGUAAGUAAAUCUCACUAGACUAAUAAAUACCCCUUGCAUAUUCUCUAUUUUGUAUUAAGAAAAAACAAGCAUUUUAUAGUGUAUAGUGUACUUUGUGGAAUAUAUAAAUCUUGGGCUGGGAAGGUGAAGUGGAGGGCACGAGUUCACAGAAUUUGUUUUGGUGAAAUACAUCAUUCUCGUCUCAAGGUGGUGGACAUUAUAGAGUUUGAGACAGAGAUACUCAGGAUGAGAGCUGUAUUAGGCCCUGUUGACAUUUUGGGUUGUUUAUCAAGUUUCCAAACAAAUGACAGUUGUAUUUAUUAACUCAGUUGUCAUUUGAAUUCAACAUGACUAUUAGGGGGGCUCACCGUUGGUGCCGUACCAGCAUUAUUUUACCACUUUAUUUUUCAAGGACUCAGUAGCUUUCAAUUGCUUUGUCUCUCAGCUUAUGGCUUUUUCACAACCUACUGUACAUUUUUUCAUCACUGUCCAUCGGCUUUGCUAAUUAUCCUUAAUGCAAACUGCAAAAAACUAAGCCUUAUAUUAAGAUCAAGUCACAUUGCAAAUUAAGGCAGGUGUUGAAGUUGGACACUGGUGGCUCAAGUGGAGAGAUCAUCUCUUACACUUGACAACAUAGGAAUGCAUCUCCAAGCAUGGAGUUUAUGUAGCCAUAAGUGGCAGUGUGCACCAUGUGCCUUCCAGAAAAGCCGCAAAAUUCUUUUUUUUAAUAUGUUGGUCUGCUCAUAUAUUGAGUGCGUUGUCACUACAACUAAGAAAUGUAUAAUACUUGCACAUUUCAUGUAUGCUCUUUUAGAGAUUGUAUACAGCUGUACUCUUUUGCUCCUAAGGUGUGCUGUCUCCUAUGAGUCUUGAUGGAAAACAUAUCUUAUUUUACUGUAAAUGUCUAUACAUAUAGCCAACUCUUCAGCCUUUUC